UCUCUAUUCCAAUCCUUUAAAUCCUCUGACCAUUCGGGAGAUUGAAAUAAUAGUAUACGAACGAUAUUUUUUAUUAGUAACCCAAUCGAUUAUUAGAAAAUAUAUUCUAUUACCCUCAUUGAUAAUAACUAAAAAUAUCGUUCGUAUACUAUUAUUUCAAUCUCCCGAAUGGUCAGAGGAUUUAAAGGAUUGGAAUAGAGAAAUGUAUAUUAAAUGCACCUAUAAUGGCGUUCAAUUAUCCGAAACAGAAUUUCCGAAAAACUGGCUAACUGAGGGUAUUCAAAUAAAGGUCCUUUUUCCUUUUCGUCUGAAACCUUGGCACAGAUACAGAUCUAAGCUACGAUCCCCUCAAAAGGAAAAGGAUCCAAUGAAAAAAAAAGUGAAAAAAAUGGAUUUCUUCUUUUUAACAGUUUUCGGAAUGGAAGUAGAAUUGCCCUUUUCUUCUUCUCCCCGAAACCGACGUUCGUUUUUUGAUCCCAUUUUUAAAGAACUUAAAAAAAAAAUAAAAAUUUGGAAAAAGAAUUUUUUUCUAGUUCUAAAAGUCUUAAACGAAAGAACAAAAUUUUUUCUAAAUAUAGCAAAAGAAACAGCACAACGGAUCAUCCAAAGUAUUCGCAAAAGGAUUCUAUUUCUAAAAGAAAAAAUAAAAAAACUAUCAUUAUCAAAUCUUUUAUUUAUAUUUGGAUUGAGAAAAAUAUAUGAAUUGAAUGAAAUUCAAAAAGAUUCAACAAAAAGUAAAAGUAAGAGGAAUCAAAUUAUUUACGAAUCCACCAUUCCAAUUCAAUCUAUUAAUUGGACAGAUUGUUCAUUGACAGAAAAAAAAAUAAAAGAUCUGAAUGAUAGAACAAAGAAAAUCAUAAAACAAAUAGAAAAAUUUAAAAAAGACAAGAAAAAAGGUUCAGAGAGAAAUAUUUGUUCUAAGAAAACAACUUAUGAUGAUAAAAGAUUAGAAUUACAAAAAAAUAUUUGGCAGAUAUUACAAAAAAGAAAUGUUCGAUUAUCCCGCAAAUCACAUUAUUUUUUUAAAUUUUUCAUAGAAAGGGUAUAUAUAGAUAUCUUUGUAUGUAUCAUUAAUAUUCCUAGAAUCAAUGUACAACUUUUUCUUGAAUCAACAAAAAAAAUUCUUACUAAAUACAUUUACAAUAAUGAAGCAAAUGAAGAAAGAAAAAGAAGUGAUAAAAAAAAUCAAAGUCUAAUUCACUUUAUUUCUACUAUAAAAAAAUCAAUUUGUAAUAUUAGGAAUACGAAUUCACAGAAUUUUUGUGACGUAUCCUCUUUGUCACAAGCAUAUGUAUUUUACAAAUUAUCACAAACCCAAGUUAUUAACUUAUAUAAGUAUAAAUUAAGAUCCGUUUUUGAAUAUCAUGGAACACCUCUUUUUCUUAAGAAUGAACUAAAGGAUUAUCUUUUUGGAGUACAAGGAAUAUCUCAUUCCAAAUUAAAACAUAAGAGCGCUCCCAAUUCUGUAAUGAAUCAAUGGACAAAUUGGUUAAAAGGUCAUUAUCAAUACGAUUUAUCUCAGAAUGGAUGGUCUAGAUUAGUAUCCCACAAAUGGCGAAAUAAAAUGAAUGAACGCCAUGUGGCUCAAAAUAAAGAUUUAACCAAAUAUCAUUCAUAUGAACAAAACGGAUUAAUUCUUUACAAAAAACACGAAAUAGAUUCAUUAACAAAUCAAAAAAAAAAAAUGAAAAAACAAUAUGGGUAUGAUCUUUUAUCAUAUAAAUCCCUUAAUUAUGCAGAUAAGAAGGACUCAUAUAUUUAUGGAUAUAGAUCGUCAUUCCAAGCAAAUAAUAACCAAGCGAUUUCUUAUAAUUCCAACACGCGUAAAAAAAAAAAAUUGGAUAUGACGGAUGAUAUUCCUCUCAAGAAUUAUAUAGUAGAAGAUUCUAUUCUAGAUAUGGAAAAAAAUUUGGAUAGAAAGUGUUUUGAUUGGAGAAUUCUGAAUUUUUGUCUUACAAAUAAAGUGCAUUUUUGGGGUUCGAUCGAUACCGAUUAUUAUUUUACGCUUCAUGAAGAAAUCAACCCAUCCAAUAAAAAAAAAAACCUUUUUGAUUGGAUGGGAAUGAAUGUAGAAAUACUAAAUCGUUGCAUAGCGAAUCGGGAAUUUUUUUUCUUCUCUAAAAUUUUUAUAUUUUAUAAUGCAUAUACGAGUAACCCAUGGAUCAUACCAAUCAAAUUCCUUUUUUUCAAUUUUAAUGUAAAUAAAAAUGAGAAAAACAUCACGGAAAAGAAAAAAAUAGAUAUUUUUAGACGAUGGAAAAAAAAAAAAUAUCUUGAAUUAGAGUUAGAGACUCGAAAUAAAGGAAAAACAGAAUAUGCAGGUCGACUAAAUCUUGAAGCAUCCCCUUCAAAGAAAGAAAAAGAUGUUAAAGAAGAUUAUGCCAGAUCCGACAUAAAAAAGGGUGUAAAAAAAAAUAAAUACACGAACAACAUCGAAGCAGAACUUAAUUGCUUCCUAAGAAGGUAUUUGCUUUUUCAAUUGAACUGGCGUGAUUGCUUAAAUGAAAGAAUAAUGAAUAAUAUCCAAGUAUAUUGUCUCCUGCUUAGACUGAAAAAUAUAAAAGAAAUUGCUAUAGCCUCUAUUCAAAGAGGAGAACUAAGUCUAGAUAUUAUGAAAAUUAAGAAUCAGAAGGAUUUCACUCUUACAGAAUUGAAUAAAAAUACGGAAUUGAUGAAAAAAGGAAUAUUGAGUAUCGAACCGAUUCGUCUGUCUAUAAAAAACCAUGAACAAUUUAAUAUGUAUCAAACCAUAGGCCUUUCGUUGAUUCAUAAGAGAAAGCACCAAAUUAAUCAAAGAUACCGAGAAAAAAGCUACGUUGAUAAGAAAAAUUUGGAUAAAUCCAUUAAGAAAUCCAUUACAAGAACAAGAGAUCAAAAGCUGACUGAAAAUAAAGAAAAAAAGAAUUAUGAUUUGCUUGUUCCUGAAAAUCUUUUAUCCGCUAGACGUCGUAGAGAAUUGAGAAUUCUAAUUUGUUUCAAUCCUAGGAAUAGAAAUAGUGUGCAUAGAAAUACGGCAUUUUACAAUGAGAAUAAAGUGAAUAAUUGCUGUCAAGUUUUGGCUACAAGUAAAAAUAUUGAUAGAGAUAAACAAAAACUAAUUAAUUUAAAGUUAUUUCUUUGGCCAAAUUAUCGAUUAGAAGAUUUAGCUUGUAUGAAUCGCUAUUGGUUUGAUACCAAUAAUGGCAGCCGUUUCAGUAUGGUAAGGAUACAUAUGUAUCCACGAUUGAAAAUUCGUUAAUCUACAUUUUUUGUUUUUUCUAUUUCUCGUAACAUAUCUGGUAUGCGAAAACAAAUAGAUGCACAUACGCAUUGCAUUGUCUUACCCUCUAUUCUCACUGAGGUACGAUACUAAUUCAAUGAUAUAUCCUAUCCAUUAGAUCUAUAAAUGAAUCACCAAAAUCUUCUUAUUUGAAGUCGACAAUUUUGCUUUUGUGAAUGCAUAAAUAUAGUAUUUUUUGUAUACCUAUUUGAAUUGGGUUGAUUAAUCAAAAUUUAUUUGAAAAAGAAAAUCAGGAAUUCUAGAUUAUUGUAUAUUAAGAUUAUUGUAUAUACAAAAUUGAAAAUGAGUGUCAUUUCAUUAUUAUUACUGAUCAAUAAAAAUAUCUAGACUCUAUAAAAAGGGGGGAAAGACAAGCUUUCAUUUUUUUAUGGUAAAAAAAUC